AAUCAGGGGGAAGAUCUGACUGAUAUUAAAGUGGAGGAUGAAGAAGAGAGGAUGAUGGGCGAUCCCCCGUGUAAGAGUGAGGUGGAGGAGGACAUUCCAGGAGAUGUCACCACAGAACAUCACAAAAAUUUGAAUGGAAAUGUUAUAUUAUCACUACAUUUUAAAGCAGAAGCUGAAGAUACCAGGCCGUGCUCUUCCGGAGAAAAUCUCAUUACCCUAAAUGUAAAAACAGGACUUCACAGUACAGAUCUACCAUAUAAUCCCUCUAAUCAUAAGGAACCUUCUCCUGACCAAUCACAGAUUGUUACUACAAGUACCGGGCAGAAAGGAAGUGAAAGGUUUCAGUGUGGUAAAGAGUUCAGGAAAAGAUCAAGACUUUCUACACACAGAAGAAGUUAUACAGGAGAGAAGCCAUACUCCUGUUCAGAAUGUGGGAAGCGCUUUACAAAUAAAUCAAAUCUUCUUACACAUCAGAUAAUUCACACAGGAGAGAAACCAUAUUCAUGUUCAGAAUGUUUGAAGCGCUUCACAGUAAAAUCAAGUCUUGUUAGACAUGAGAGAAUUCACACAGGAGAGAAGCCAUAUUCAUGUUCAGAAUGUGAGAAAUGUUUUACACAAAUAUCACAUCUUGCUACACAUAAGAGAUGUCACACAGGAGAGAAGCUAUAUUCAUGUUCAGAAUGUGGGAAGUGUUUUAGAUAUAAAUCAGAUUUAGUUAGACAUGAGAGAAUUCACACAGGAGAGAAGCUAUUUUCAUGUUUAGAAUGUGGAAAAUAUUUUACAGAUAAAUCAUAUUUUCUUAGACAUGAGAGAAUUCACACAGGAGAAAAGCCAUAUUCAUGUUCAGAAUGUGAAAAAUGUUUUUCGCAUAAAUCAGAUUUCGUUAAACAUGUGAGAAUUCACACAGGAGAGAAGCCAUAUUCAUGUUCUGAGUGUGGAAAAUCUUUCACAGAUAAAUCAGAUUUUGUUAGACAUAAGAGAAUUCACACAGGAGAGAGGCCGUACUCAUGUUCAGAAUGUGGGAAAUGUUUUACCAAAAAAUCACAUCUUGUCACACAUAAGAGAAUUCACACAGGAGAGAGGCCGUAUUCAUACGUGAGACAGUUUGUGCUGGAGCGCAAGCCCCAGUCUGCCAAAGAAGCCGCUGAGCUGGCAGACAUGUUUGUCGCAAUCCAGGUGCCAGACAUUCGCAAACCUGUAGUGGUGGACACUCGCCGGCCUAUGGUUCCAGACAUCCGCAAACCCCUAGUACCUGACAGCCGUAAACCUCCAGUACCCGACAAGGACAGAGCCGUGUCCCAGAACUGGAGCAAAGGCAGGCCUGCUGGUGUGAGCUGCGUCGCAGGCCCGGUCACACCAAGCAAACCUGUUAUGCAGGGAAGCCAGCCCAACCACCUAGCCAGGCAGCUAUCACCACAACAUCGCCAAGCCCUAAGGGGGCCAACGCCUCCACACCCGCCUCAUCUGCUGUAUUGCUGGUCGGGGGAUCAGAUAUACACGGCGGAUCCCAGUAUCACCAGUCCGUCAUUGUGA